AUGGGCCAAGAUGAGAUGGCGCAGGAAGACCCGCUGCAAGCGGUGGUGCUGUGCGAUGCUUUCAAUGAGCGGUUCAUGCCGUUGACGCUGGAUAUACCACGGUGCUUGAUGCCAAUUUGCAGUGUGCCGAUGAUUGAGUGGACGCUCGAGUCGCUUGCUAAGGCGGGCGUGCACGAAGUCUUUUUCCUCGCGACGUGGCACACGAGUCAGAUUCGUGCUUACCUUGAGGAUAUGCACCCCAACCUACUGAAACCAAGCGCGGCGCGUGGUGCGGUGGCCAACACGUCGACACUGACAAAAAUAACGCUGAUUGCCGUGCCCGAGGCACACUCUGUCGGUGACGCGAUGCGCGAAUUGGACGCGCACCAAGUGAUCAAGGGCGAUUUUAUCCUCAUGCAGGCAGAUGCGAUCGGGAACAUGAAUUUAGCCGAGGUAGUGACUGCGCACAAGCAGCGGCGCCAGGCAGACCGCAGUACCAUUAUGACGAUCUGCACGAUGCCGUCCAAAAACGGCCGACGUGCGCGGCGCUUCGGCGACUUGUCUGUCUUUGCCGUUUCGCCGCUUUCAUCGCAGCUGAUGCACUACGCAUCUGUGCCUGCGGUGCCACGCAAGCAGCUGCUCAAGCUGCCGCUGGAGCUGUUCGAGGACGCAAACACGCUGGGACUGUGCGGAAAAGGCAGCGAGAUUGAUGUGCGCAAUGAUCUAGUAGAUUGCGGCGUGGAUAUCUGCUCUAUCGAUGUUCCUCCUCUGUUCACGGAAAACUUUGACUAUCAAACUUUGCGCCGCGAUUACGUGCAGGGGAUAUUAACCUCGGACCUGCUCGAGGCCAAGAUCUUUGUGCACAUUGCGCCGCCAGCCGACGCGACUUCCACAUCUUCCGGUGCUCCCUGGGAUCAAUCGUCUGGUGGGCUGCUUGGCACACAGACGUAUGGCGACGGAUACAUGCUGCGUGCGUCGGAUCCCGCAGGCUACGACGCGGUGAACCGCGAUAUCAUUACAGGCUGGGUCUAUCCCUACACACCCCGCCUUGGAAUGCCCAACGGGGAGUCGUACACUACCUCGCGCAGCAUGCGCUACGUGGGCGACAGCGUAGACUUUCCCAAGUCAGCGGAGAUUGCGCUGCGUACUGUGCUGGGCGCAGGCACAAAGGUGGGCGAGUACGCCAAAGUGAGCACGUCGAUUCUUGGCAAGCGCGUCACGAUCGGGAAUGGAAGCACGAUAGAAGGGUCUUACUUGUGGGACGACGUGCAAAUCGGCGCGAACUGCAAUGUCCAAGGCGCGAUUUUGGGCUAUGGUGUCCGCAUUCUUGACCACGUCCACAUCGCGAAAGGCGCUGUGAUUGCGAAUGGAUGCACUGUCGGCCCCGACGUAGCGCUCGUUGAAAAUGCGCGCGUCUCCCUGCAUGCGUACCGCACGAUGGAGGAGGACUUUGACGAGAAACCGAGUGCGGAAGAGAGCACCGUGGCUGGCCCGGACGCUGCACUGGGUGCGCAAGCGCAAGGCUAUCUUUGGCCGCGCCUCGGCACCAGCGGCCGCAUUGCGAGCGACGAGCAGGACAGCGACGAGGACGACGAGGACGAGCUUGACGAGCUAGAGCGUCCCGAGAACGCCAAGUACUAUGUGAUGCAGGCAGAUAUGCAUGACCUUGUUUUGUCAGACGACGCGUCGGAUCUGUCGUCCAUCGAUGCCGACUCGGAGCCCGACAUGGUGAUGGACGAUUCGGACUCGUACGAUUCGGACGACUCAGACCUUUCCUCUCCGCGGUCCGGGUAUGGCAGCAUCUCGCUUACACUCGCGCCCGGCUCUGAUUCGCAGACCCAGAGUGAGAAGCAAGAGACGCAGGAGCGACUGAACGAGUUCCGCGCCGAGGCAGAGGCGUCGCUCGAGCGCUCUUUUGCCGAGCAUCACGCGCCGGAGAAUGCGGCCAUCGAGCUCAAGACGUUGCGCAUGGCCAGCAACGUGUCGCCCAGCGAAGUGCGCCGCACCGUGAUUGCUUUUGUGCUGGGCCACUGCAAUGUGGACGAGGCGAAAGAAACGGCUGACUUGCUGGACCAUUGGGGUCCGCUGAUCCAUGAAAUGGCGCAGGACGACCAAAUCGAGGCGCUCGCAUUGAUGCAGUCUUACUGUGCACUGCACCUGCCGAAAAUGCGUCUCUUUUUGCCGCUUCUGAAAAAAGUAUACAAUGACGAAAUUGUGAGCGAUGAAGCUAUUUUACAGUGGUGGCGCGAUCCAAGGAGCCGGCGCCUUGCCUACGAUUCCGAGGGAAAGAAUGCCAUAAGCGCACAGCAAAUUGUUUUGGAGCUGCGCAAGCGUGCAGAGCCUGUUGUGCGGCACAUUGUAGAGUCCGCCGAGUCUUCUGAGGAGGAGAGCGAGUAG